GGAGCUCUCAGAACGUUCAGACAGAACUACACUGGGAGAAGGAGGAGCUCUCAGAACGUUUAGACAGAACUACACUGGGAGAAGGAGGAGCUCUCAGAACGUUCAGACAGAACUACACUGGGAGAAGGAGGAGCUCUCAGAACGUUCAGACAGAACUACACUGGGAGAAGGAGGAGCUCUCAGAACGUUCAGACAGAACUACACUGGGAGAAGGAGGAGCUCUCAGAACGUUCAGACAGAACUACACUGGGAGAAGGAGGAGCUCUCAGAACGUUCAGACAGAACUACACUGGGAGAAGGAGGAGCUCUCAGAACGUUCAGACAGAACUGCACUGGACCAACUCAACAGUACAGUAAUACGGCUCUGACACCACCCAGUCCCCCCUUUUUAUUUAUUCUUAUCAUUAAUGCCCAUGACAUUUAUACAUGUACAUUACUUUUGUUAAUAGCACAGUUCUUGUUAAGUUCUCUUGGUAGAGAUGUUACCUUAAAAGGUAACAGGCUUAUCCUGUUUUAGGUCAGUGAGUUGGCUUUUAUGAAACAGCUAAAUUGUUUAUUUGACACUUUGCCAAAUUAAAUCUCUUCAAAUGCAAUAGUGUCCAAAUUAAAAUAGCCAAAAAAAGGGCGCUAAAACAUGAUGCAAUAGAUCUUCGGGCUCCACUGGGAAGAGGUGAGGCUAAAUGUAAGAUCAGAGCCUUUUUGAUAGAUCUGGAAGAGAGUGUUACUAGGUCAACGGGGGAAUGUCCUCCUAGGGCUUAUUCAGAUUAUUUUGGUGUGUCCUCUGGGGCAGAAGAAGUGUGCUUUGCGCCUCAAAAAGACAUUUGAAUGUAAUGUUUUGUGCACGGAUUUCCAACGCAGGGUGCCUGUCAACGAGGUUAUCUCUAGGGUUGCGCAUGCAGAUUAUUAAUUCUUAUUUAACUAGGCAAGUCAGUUAAGAACAAAUUCUUAUUUUCAAUGACAGCCUAGGAACAGAAGGUUUAACAGUGCCUUGUUCAGGGGCAGAACGACAGAUUUUUACCUUGUCAGCUCGGGGAUUCGAUCUUGCAACCUUUUGGUUAUUAGUUCAAAGCUCUAACCACUAGGCUACCCAGCCGAGGAAGUAGGUGAAGUGAUUGGUGCACGUCAACUGACGGGUAUGGUGGAUGGAGUAAGGAAAUUGACUUCAUCCAUACUACUGUUCUUCGAUGAAAAGUCUCUCCCUUCUCAUGUAAAGUUAGGAUUUGUGAUAUAUCCUGUAAGAGCUUUUGUGCACAAACCCCUCUAGUGUCAUAAAUGCAAAAAGAUUUGGUCACGUGUCAAGUGUAUGCAAACGGGAAGAAUAUCGUAUGCCAGCUGAGGUAAUGCUACAACUGUAAAGGGCGAACAUUCACCUUCAUUUCCCGGAUUGUCCAGUUAGGGGGAAGGAGUCAGAGGUGGCAAGAGUGAGGGAUGUCCAGUGUGUCUCCUAUCUGGAGGCGGUGAGAAGAGUGGAAGGGGCGAGUGGCGUUGAAGACGCAAUGGUAAUAGAGCCUGCACCAGUGAAUGUUUCUCGGCAACCAAGGGAUCCUGAUAUAUUGCACGUGAAAAAGUUGGUCUUUGUAGCAUUUAGUGCCUCCUCAUAAACUACGCAAGACAUAACAAAGAAGAAAUCAGAGAACAUUUUAGUCAUUGUUAGGGCAUACAGAACGUUCUUUUGUGACUCUGGAGUUUACAGCCGAGGCCUUGCAAGAAAUCCUAUCACAGAAUGUUCUGUCCUCACAGGCCACUGAGCCGUUGUCAGGAUGUGACUUGAAUUGGACUGUGACAGACGGAGUAGGAUAGGUUUUUAAUGUUUAUUUUCCAACAAUUGAGUUUUUUUCCUUCUAUCGUUUACCACUCGUACAGUAGGUGGCGGCAUGCACCUAACACUUGUUUGCGGACCGCCAUAACGUCGAAGAAGAAGAACAACAACAAUGCCAGUCAAAGCGGAAGUUGCUACCUUGCAAGAGAGUAGCUGAAACGUUCGUGCUUGUAGCCUACUAUAAAUAUAUCCUAUUUUCAAUCUCCAAAAUGCAACAGCCACAGGACAACUUUGUUUGAAAGUCAUAAAGGAUCAUUAGCCCAAACCGACGAGAUAAAGCUAGCUAGCUACCUCAUUUUCCACGUGGAAAAAAAGGAGGACAGGGACUUGCUAGCUACGUUAGCUUGCUAGCUAGCUGGCUUUUCUACAAGGAAUUUGUGUCCAUAUGACCGAGUGUUGGACCAAACAGCGAGUUGGAACUGCUUUGUCAGCGACGAAGAAGUGAUCUCUCAUCUUUGUUGUUGUCAUCUAAAGUGUAUGGGCUUCCUGCUGUCUUGCCAUUGACGGCAUUGUCAUUGUUCCCACCAGCAGGACAACAUGAGUGGAGAGAAGGAAGCAUUGCUGGAAGAAAUUGAACAGAGUUUACACCCUCUAACGGAGGAUCAUUUACGAUACCUGUGUAACCGCUGUGGAAUAGAUGGCUCCCAAGUUACAGGAAAGAACCAUCGCUCGUUGCGACGUAAAAUCAUGGAGGAAAUGUGGGUAAAUGCAGAUUCGGUCAAAUCGGAGGAGCAGGGAAUGUCUUGGUUACUCCGACUGAAAGAUGACAUCAGAAAGAUACAGGAAGAAUCUAGUGUGGCACCCAUGAGUCCCAGCCAGUCUGAUGAUGAUGAUGAUGAUGAUGAUGAUGAUGAUGCUACAGACUGCGAUGAAGAAUGGAACGUGGAGAACAAUGAUGAAGAGGGAGAUUCAGAUUCGAUGUCAUCAAGUAGGAACAAUGGGGACAACCCUAACGGUCGCUCGCUCAGUGGGAGGGUCUUAUCAUCUGGGAAGACUCCAGGGUUGAAAGAGAUCCAGCGACCUUAUAGCUGUGAUGUAUGUGAGAAAAGUUUCCCACAUUUAGGAGACCUAAAGAGACACCAGAGAAUACACACAGGAGAGAAACCAUAUGGCUGUGAUCAAUGUGGGAAGAGUUUCCGUCAGCCAGGGCAACUGACUAAACACAAGGUAAUACACACUGGAGAGAAAUCUUUUCGCUGUGAUCAAUGUGGGAAGAGUUUUGCUCGAGCAGAUUCCAGGACUGAACACAAGCGAACACACACAGGAUGGAAAUCUUAUGUCUGUGAUCAAUGUGGGAAGAGUUUCACUACCUUAGGAGCACUGACUAUACACCAGAGAAUUCACACAGGAGAGAAACCUUAUGUCUGUGCUGUAUGUGAAAAGAGUUUCCGUCAGUCAGGACAACUGACUAUACACAAGCGAACACACACAGGAGAGAAACCAUAUAAUUGUGAUCAAUGUGAGAAGAGUUUUGCUGAAGCUGGUUCCCUGACUGAACACAAACGAACACAUACAGGAGAGAAACCAUAUGUCUGUGAUCAAUGUGGGAAGAGUUUCACUACCUUAGGAACACUGACUAUACACCAGAGAAUUCACACAGGAGAGAAACCAUAUGUCUGUACUGUAUGUGGAAAGGGUUUCCGUCAAACGGUACAACUGACAAGGCACAAGAGAACACACACGGGAGAUAAAUCUUAUAGAAGCUUUGAUCAAUGAGGGGAUUCGAUCAUCUCGCCUGGGUUGCCUCGGUACGAAGUGUUUGCAUCUGGUGAAAGGUGGAUUGCGUUCGUUUUGGAACCAGGAAAGCCCAUGGCAAAGUCGGCUCAAAACAAAAGUGACAUAGAUUUAAGCUCGUGAAGUAAUGACUGUGAUUCUUUUUUUUUUUCAAAAGCAAGAAGUGAUUGCUUUUGAUAAAAUCAUCUUAUCUGCCUUCUCAAUGAAAACUCAUUUGAUGUUUUAUGGAGAAGAUAUGUAUGUUUCUGAUGCACCGUGGUGGCUUGUUGACAACAUGACCGAGCGAUGCAGAUUACUGUUACAUUUCAGAAGGGCGCUCCUCCAACGCUUUCGCCCGUUUUACGUCACGGGCCAUAGACGGGGGGGGGGGCGUGGCUUAGCAUGAUCCAAUCCGCCCACUGACUUUACACAAGCUAACACACACACUGGAGAGAAGCCUUUCCAAUGCUCUGUGUGGAUAGAGUUACACCAACAUAAGGCUUUUUUGAAAUCUCAGGAGAGAAACCAAACCUCUGUGCUAUAUGUGGAAACAGUUUUCCGUCAGGCAUUACACAACUGACUAGACACAUGCUAACACACAGGGGAGAGGGCUGUGAUCAAUGAGGGAAGAGUUUUGCUCGAGCGGAUUACCUGACUGAUACUCACAGUUGAAGAUGCAUCAGCGAACACACACUGGAGAGAGAGACAUUAUAGAUGUGUGGUCUGCUGUGAGUUUAGUUUAUUAGGAUCCCCAUUUAGCCACAGGAUUUUGGAUCCCCAUUCUUCACGGUUUUGGUACCGUGAAUAAACUCCGUGGUGUGUCUGCUGGGGUAUCUACAGUGUAUUUGGAAAGUAUUCAGACCCCGGGGGAGAAGGACCUUGGCCAGGGCGGUGACCAAGAACACGAUGGUCACUCUGACAGAGCUCCUCAGUUCCUCUGUGGAGAUGGGAGAACCUUCUAGAAGGACAACCAUCUCUGCACUACUCCACCAAUCAGGCCUUUAUGGUAGAGUGUCCAGAUGGAAGCCACUCCUCAGUAAAAGGCACAUGACAGCCCGCUUAGAGUUUGCCAAAAGGCACCUAAAGGACUCUUAGACCAUGAGAAACAAGCAUCAUGCUGUGGGGAUGUUUUUCAGCAGCAGGGACUGGGAGACUAGUCAGGAUCGAGGGAAACAUGAACGGAGCAAGGUACAGAGAGAUCCUUGAUAAAAACCUGCUCCGGACCUCAGACUGGGGCGAUGGUUCAUCUUCCAACAGGACAAUGACCCUAAGCACACAGCCAAGACGACGCAGAAGUGGCUUCGGGACAAGUCUCUGAAUGUCCUUGAGUGGCCCAGCCAGAGACCGGACUUGAACCCGAUCUAACAUCUCUGGAGAGACCUGAAAAUAGCUGUGCAGCGACGCUCCCCAGCCAACCUGACAGAGCUUGAGAGGAUCUGCAGAGAAGAAUGGGGGAAACUCUCCAAAUACAAGUUGGUGUCAUACCCAAGAAAACUCAAGGCUGUAAUCGCUGCCAAAGGUGCUUCAAAAAAAGUACUGAUUUAAAGGGUCUGAAUAGUUAUGUAAAUAUGUCAUUUUUUAAACUUUAUUUGUAUACAUUUGCAACAACAACAAAAAAUUAAAUUAUCAGGUUUUCUUUCAUCAUGGGGUAUUGAGUGUAGAUUGAUGAUAAACAAUUUAAUCAAUUUUAGAAUAAGGCCGUAACGUAACAACGUGGAAUAAAUCAAGGGAACAGAAUACUUCCUGUUCUGAAGUGUAAUUACAAAUACAUUAUACAAGUGGUGAAUUCAACACACAAAUAUUUCUGAAGACAAGAAGUAGUCCAUUUCUCCUCAACUCUCAACCAUACAAGACUAUCAUCCAUGUUGUUGAUGUUAGUUAUAUAUGCGUGUAGUUAAAGGGCAAGGCGUGCUGCUUUAUUUUGAGCCAGGUUUGCUGGGUCUUUUCUGCACCUGAUCAUAUGAGUAGACAGUCAUCAAGAUGGGACAAGACCAGAGUCUGGACAACUAGUACAGUUGAUCUUUGUGUCAGAAACACAGAACAUAUUUUUAUAACAGACACACCUCUCUCCAUCUUCACAACAACUUAGUCAAUAUGACUAGACCAUGUUAACUUCUCCCCAUCUAAACAACAACUUAGUCAAUAUGACUAGACCAUGUUAACUUCUCCCCAUCUUCACAACAACUUAGUCAAUAUGACUAGACCAUGUUAACUUCUCUCCAUCUUCACAACAACUCAGUCAAUAUGACUUGACCAUGUUAACUUCUCUCCAUCUUCACAACAACUCAGUCAAUAUGACUUGACCAUGUUAACUUCUCCCCAUCUUCACAACAACUUAGUCAAUAUGACUAGACCAUGUUAACUUCUCUCCAUCUUCACAACAACUCAGUCAAUAUGACUUGACCAUGUUAACUUCUCCCCAUCUUCACAACAACUCAGUCAAUAUGACUUGACCAUGUUAACUUCUCUCCAUCUUCACAACAACUCAGUCAAUAUGACUUGACCAUGUUAACUUCUCUCCAUCUUCACAACAACUCAGUCAAUAUGUCUUGACCAUGUUAACUUCUCCCCAUCUUCACAACAACUCAGUCAAUAUGACUUGACCAUGUUAACUUCUCUCCAUCUACACAACAACUUAGUCAAUAUGACUUGACCAUGUUAACUUCUCUCCAUCUUCACAACAACUCAGUCAAUAUAACUUGACCAUGUUAACUUCUCCCCAUCUUCACAACAACUUAGUCAAUAUGACUUGACCAUGUUAACUUCUCUCCAUCUUCACAACAACUUAGUCAAUAUGACUUGACCAUGUUAACUUCUCUCCAUCUUCACAACAACUUAGUCAAUAUGACUUGACCAUGUUAACUUCUCUCCAUCUUCACAACAACUUAGUCAAUAUGACUUGACCAUGUUAACUUCUCUCCAUCUUCACAACAACUUAGUCAAUAUGACUUGACCAUGUUAACUUCUCUCCAUCUUCACAACAACUCAGUCAAUAUGACUUGACCAUGUUAACUUCUCUCCAUCUUCACAACAACUUAGUCAAUAUGACUUGACCAUGUUAACUUCAACUUGUUCAAUGGAUACACACCCUUCACGCAACAACCCCAGUUGAGGUUUAGGUCUAAGAGAGAAAGGUUUGAGCCAAACACAAUGCUUUUAGAUGUAUUUAAGUCCAGUGUAUUCUGUAAGUCCUUGCUAAGAGUCUCCGUGAGCUCCCUGGCUGUUGGUGCUGAUGUGUGGAGUCUGCAGUCGUCAGCAAUACAUCGUCAUUUUAGCUUCUUGUAAGAGAAAUGGCAAAUCAUUUGUAAACAUAGAGAAGAAGUAAGGUGUGUUGGUUUGAUGGCAUGUUGAGGGUUUCACUCUGUGAGGGGUUAUAUUUACUUUACGACCUACUGUUAGUGCUUUCAUCUUAAGAUGGCGGAGAGACAGUCACUUUAAAAACGGGUUCAUAUUGUGGGCUCAUAUUGUCAAUUAAAAUGAUGUUAUAAUGUAGAAUGUUUUGCCAAUGUUAUAAGGUACAGUUUUCAUGUUGGAAUUUAAUGUUAUAGGUAGGAGUUUUCAUGUUGUAAUUCAAUCGGUAGAGUUCAUGUUUUUAAUUCAAUGUAAUUAAAAUUUAACGCAUAUGUGCUUUUAGUUUAAUACAUGCCACUGUAUUUUUUGCUUUUAAUGAGAAUAAAUACGAAGCUCCUAUGAA